CCUCUGCUGAGCCUUUGUGCUCCAGUUUCUACCACCAGCACUGCGCUUAAGGAACAAAAUAAACACCUUCGCCCUCCUGCUGCCAAGACAGACACACACCACCAUGUACAGCGUGGAGGACCUCCUCAUUUCUCACGGAUACAAACUGCCCAAGACAAGCAUCCCCUGCCUCUCUUCAACUUCAUCCGCCACCGCGCCUUACGAAAAGCAGUGCCACGCCGCCGCCGAUUGCCACCGUGAAACCCCAGCAGCAGAGAACCAGAGAUCUGGUCGUGGUGGACCACUGAACGGGAAUGAACAGGCGGGAGACAGAGGGGCCUGCGUCUUCAGCAGCAGCAGGCAGGCACUACUGGCGAAGGGCUACCCCGGCAGCUGCGACAAUGAGAGCGGCGGGGAAAGGAACCAAAGGAGAAAAGAAGCUGUCAGCGGUAACCUAGGUGACAGCCUCGCACAGCCCCUGGGCGAUUCUCUCGCCACGGAUAGCGGGUUCUAUGACGCGCCCAGCUUAACCUAUUCUGAGCAGGUCGAGAGAAGAGAGCAGUUGGAUGAGAGGGAUGUCUUCUACUGGAGGAGGAGAGGCCAGGACUUCAGUGUCCUCCUGGAUUACGCCGACGGCCGGGAGCUGAGAGCAUCCGCUGGCUUUCUGAAGGCCUCUGAGGCGGCAUGGCGACCACAGGCCCUGAUCGCAGAGGACCAUAGGGGAGAGAGGGAGAAGCUGCAGCAGCAGAAGCAGCUAUGGGAAGACACCUCCAUCUCCUGGCUGAGAGAGGCCGAUGCGGCUCCUAGACAGUUAAGGGUAGUGACUGGGGUGACUGGGGAGCGGAAGUGCCAGAGCCUGGGCACAGAGGAGUGGAAGCCUGCAGUGGGGCUGGGGAGGCAGCUGUCGGAUGGGGAGGGCGAGAGGUGGGCUCAGGAGCAGCAGCACCGCCUGAGGACUCAAGAGAGCACUGGUUCUAUCCUCCCCAGAACCAGAAGGAUGUCCCAGUCCCUCCCCAGAGUGUUGUCACCUGCUGGAGCUACUGAACACGCAAACACACUGUCCAGUUUGGUCAGUUUCCAGCUUCGACCAGGCCAGGUUGAUAGACAGAGAGUGAACAGCACCGUAUUUUCCGGGCCUUAUAGUCGGUAUUACCACAGUGCCGCAGUCAGCAGGGACCGGUGGGCCAGGAACAGUUGGCAAAGCGUUGGACAUGUUGCACUUUUACCAAAGCCCAGGUUCAGCAGGCCUGUCAAGCCUCCAUCAUACGAAAUACACCAGCAGACUAGGGGUAGCCAGGAGAUGCUCGCUGUAGCUGUAAUAGAUCAGCAGGGAGGGUCCAAACAACUGAAAGACAACAGGCCUGUCUAUUACCCACGGGAUGGAGAAUUGCAAAGACAAGACUAUUUUGCACAACACUCUGCUAUCUUUGGCAUGGAGCCCCCCGGUUAUAUCCCGCCCCCGUCUUAUAAGAGAGCCCUGCCCCCAAUCAGGGGAGGACCAAUCAACCGCAACGAAGUGGCAAACUAUAAGUGGAGGGGGGACAUGAAGAUACAGAUGCAUAUGCCUAUGAGCUCAGAGGCGGGAAAGUGGUUCUCCGGACAGACAGGAGGGUCGUGGCUGGAACACUACGGGGAUCGGGGUAUACCCUACAGGAAACAGGUUAACGCUAACCCAAACCUUAACCCUGGAUACACCGAGGAUCUGGGUCAUGUUCACUAUUUACCCUUUGAUAAUCCGCGAGUGAGACAUAUCUCAGGAGGGCCUGGCGGAAAUUCUCUUACUGACACUGACAAGUUUAUCCGAAACAUAAAGAAAGAGACUCCCUGCGCUAACGUUUUAGGACAAUCUACACACGAUAGUGCCUUUCCCCCCCCACAGGGGCUCUCUCUCAAUAACGAUUGCCGCAAGACAUCUCUCAAUGACAACGACGGUGGUAGUAGUACUAGAUGGUGCAACAGGGGUUUAAUAAACAAAGGAAGUGUAGACAGUGUAGCUCCUGAUCAGAGCUGUGGUAUCUAUCCAACAGCUUUUCACAUUAGACCUGCUCAGCAACUGAUCAGGCAUGUGCACCAAGGUCAAGGUGUGUCAGAAACUGUAACUCAAGUGAAAACGUCAGUCAAUGAGCCUGACUCCACAGAGAAAGAGAAACCAAGAAAAACUGACUCAGAGAAAACAGAAAAAAAUGAGAAAAAGAGUGUAAAACAAAAACUUAGUGAGACAAUAUUCUGUUUGGUGUCUGUUCCUGUCCCUCUAACGCCGGGUGGUACGUCCUGUGAUCAAAACAACAACAAUGACGACGAGAAGCCACCAAGCCCAGUCCGGCCACCAAGCCCAGUGGACAGUCCGAGUGAGAACAAAACGGGCCACUUAACAAACCAAAGUUUCCAAAGCACAUCUUCAGCAGAGGCUGAGCUGCAAGCACUAACCGGUAGCAUAGCGAGCAGCAGAUCAAGCAGCAAAAUAGUGAGAAAACUCCCUAUUAAACCCCACAAAAUAAACCAUCACAAGGAGCUGAAACUCUCAGGUGCCUGGCCUGGGAACCAAUACCGGGACCAGGAGACCCAAACUAGCCCAGAAGCCCGAAAGCCUCAGCAUCCCCCUCCUCCAGGCACUGAAAACAAGGAAGCACAAGACCCUCACGUCCCUGCCCCAGGCUCCUCUGACGUCAUCACCCAAGAUCCCAGCGGUGUGGGCAAUACUGCAUUCAGCUGUCCUAUAAAAGGGGUGAAGAGCCUGAAACCAUCCAGCAACAGCGCCUUUUCCAGAACGGCCACUUUCUCCAUUUCCAGCCAGCUGAUCAAGAGCACAGCUCACCCGCCAGCAGCGCCACCACCACCACCACCACCCUCAGGAAACACGAUGGAGGACAAACCAGCAGCGACCUGCAGUGGGCAGGAAGCCUUCGGUCAGUUCCUGCUGAAGCCCGUCAGCAGGCGGCCAUGGGACGCCAUCAAGGAGCUGGAGACUAUCAACAAAGAGUUCCAGGAUCAGCAGCAGAAGCAGCAGAGCAGCAAGAGACCCAGUGUUGACCAGUGCAUUGAGGACCUCAACGAGGCCUACAAAGACAUCCUAGAGCUAGGCACUGCCAGCAAUAACAUUUCCAACAAUAGUGGUGCUGUGCAGAUCCCUGAGCGGAUCAAGAUAAGGCUGGCGGGGGAGGCAGGGCUCAGCAAGCCCAGCAGCCUUAGGCGCAGUAUCGAGAGCUGGUCUGUGUCCGUCGACCCGGAGUACGGGGAGGUUAAGAGUGCUUUCUCCAGACCUGCUGAAAGAAAAUCUGUGACUUUCAGCAAGCAGCUAAGAGAGGAGCUCCCUGUCCCACCACGCAAGCCUACAGGAUUCAGAGAAUACAGGGUUGUUUCGAACUUGUCGCAGAGGAGAAGUAGCUGCAGUGGCAGGACAGUGAAGCUAGACCUCCCUUCGCCUUCGGAGACACCACCGCCUUGUCACUUCACCGGCCCUAGUGACUUUACUGACUCUCCCAGUGAUCCCAGCAAGACCAGAGACUUCAGUCCAAUGACUCCAACAACGCACACUGCAGCCGAAGUCCCCUGGGCAGAUAGGCAGCCGAUGCAGGACGCCUCCACACUUACGAGUCCCCCUGACUAUGAGGACAUAUGUCAGUCUUUACAAAAGACCCGAGACUCAGAGGUUAAUAAAACGUUCACCGCCAUAUCUAAACCUGGUGGUGGUAGCUGCGAUACAGAGCCUCUAGAGGGAGCCUGUUUAGACUCUGCAGAGGAAUGCCCCAUUUGUAAAAGAGAGAGCGAGAGCCAGAUGUCCAGACCAAGUCCAAUGUCUCCGCUCCACGAGGAGUCAAGCCCAGACUUAUCCGAUCAAAGUAGCGCAACGAUUGUUGGCGACCGUGACAGUCCACAAGGAGCUGAAACGUCUGAAGAACCAGCUGAAGGCGAAGGAGACACAAAGGUAUCCUCUGACUCUGGCUCAAAUCAUUCAGAGGCUCAGACAAUAUGUUGCGAUUGGAGGAAGCAGCUGUCACUCAUAGAUAAGGUGGAGGGGAGUGUCACUGCCGAGAAGACCAAACAAAACCAAGCUCUGGCAGUGGCAGAGGACAUUGGCAAUCCAUACAAACUUAAAUGUGCUGAGGGCAUUCCAGAGAAUGAAUCCAUAGAGGAGAGGGCAGCCAGGAUAUUAGGGAUUGAUGUACCUGCAGAGUCUUUAGUCACAGGGGAGCAGCGGGUUAGAGAGACGGCAACAGAGAGUAAACCCGCUGCUAGUGAAGAUACAGAAAGCAGCAGGGCAAACGAACAGACAGUACAAACACAUGUGAGAGAUCCAGAUUCUGAGGAACUGGACUCUGGAACGGUAUCUAGAGUGCCUCCUGACAGGCAGGAGGCAAAAGAAAAGGAGACACCACAGGAUAACCCAGAGUACAUCAGGAGUGCCAAAUGGACCCAUCUGGGUCGAGAAACUCCAGGUAUGCAGGAGUUUCCGCCAGACAGACUACCGCUUUCGGUCCCCAUUAACCCUGACCUUAAGCUGUCCCACAGCCUGGAGGGAGAGAUGAGGGGCAGAGGACCCUUGCAGCGCGUAGACGCCCUGCAGGAUAAGCUGACUGCAUCGCCCAGCCACCGGGUGGCGGUAGAGCGCCGGGCACGGAUGAAGGAAGUGGACCCAGUGUCGCGCAUGAGACGCCUCAGCAUCAGGAGCACAGACUCUGGGGGGGAGGAGGGGGAGACCAAGCGUGGCGGUGGGCAAGUGGAAGUGCUCUCCCUACCUGCUUCCUCCCAGAGUGAUACUGUGGAAGAUAGAGAGGCCUCUGAAGACACAGUGUUGCAAGAUGAGGUGUCAUCCCUCUCAGCCAUGCCCACCGAAUUCCCACAUGGGGCCAAUGGGGUCAUGUUUGCCGGUCUACUAAUGGAGAGUUCCAUGCUUCCCUUCCUCGCUGAGUGGCUGGUAACCUAA